CUGUCCGCCCUCCAGUCACAUCUCUCCGCCUCCUCCACGAUCGACCGACCUAGAAGGAGAGGGGGGGUAGAAAGCGCUGCCGCAGCCACGAUCGAUCCGGGUAAGAGAUGAGCGACGGCGGAGAUGAUGCUGUUCGGCGACGGAACGCGGUCGCUGAUUACCGCAAAAAGCUCCUUCAGCACAAAGAGCUCGAUUCCAGGCUCAGGACACUGAGGGAGAAUUCGAGGACCUCAAAGAAGGAGUUUGCUAAAACUGAAGAUGAUUUAAAGUCUCUCCAAAGUGUGGGGCAAAUUAUUGGAGAGGUUCUUAGGCCACUUGAUAAUGAGCGAUUUAUUGUGAAGGCGAGCAGUGGCCCAAGGUAUGUUGUUGGCUGCCGCAGCAAAGUGGACAAAGAGAAGCUGACAGCUGGAACACGGGUGGUUCUUGACAUGACUACUCUUACCAUCAUGCGGGCUCUUCCACGAGAGGUUGAUCCUGUUGUGUAUAACAUGCUCCAUGAAGACCCUGGGAAUGUUAGCUACUCUGCUGUAGGUGGACUAUCUGAUCAAAUAAGGGAACUGAGAGAAUCCAUUGAGCUGCCUCUUAUGAAUCCUGAGCUCUUCCUUAGAGUAGGAAUUAAACCUCCAAAGGGAGUCCUACUCUAUGGUCCUCCAGGAACUGGAAAGACAUUACUGGCAAGAGCAAUUGCUAGCAAUAUUGAUGCAAAUUUUCUUAAGGUUGUGUCAAGUGCCAUAAUUGACAAAUAUAUAGGCGAAAGUGCACGGUUGAUCAGGGAGAUGUUUGGCUAUGCACGUGAUCACCAACCUUGCAUUAUUUUCAUGGAUGAAAUUGAUGCCAUUGGUGGCCGCCGGUUCAGUGAGGGAACCAGUGCAGAUCGUGAGAUUCAACGAACCUUGAUGGAACUACUCAAUCAGCUGGAUGGAUUUGAUCAACUGGGAAAGGUCAAGAUGAUUAUGGCGACAAAUCGACCUGAUGUAUUGGAUCCUGCUCUUCUUCGUCCUGGUCGUCUGGACAGAAAAAUUGAGAUUCCAUUACCAAAUGAACAGUCGAGGAUGGAAAUUCUCAAAAUUCAUGCUGCUGGUAUAGCAAAACAUGGUGACAUCGACUAUGAAGCAGUUGUAAAACUUGCUGAGGGUUUUAAUGGAGCAGAUCUUCGUAAUGUGUGCACAGAAGCCGGUAUGUCAGCAAUUCGUGCAGAACGUGACUAUGUUAUUCAUGAAGACUUUAUGAAGGCUGUCAGGAAACUCAAUGAAGCAAAGAAGCUAGAAUCGAGUGCUCACUACAGUGCUGAUUUCGGCAAGGAUUAGGUAGCCUAUUAAUUAUACCCUUCCUAGGAUCUUGGUGGUUUAUGUCUCGCUUGUAACUUGAUCAACUACUUGCUUCAGUUGUUCUUUGAAUUAGAGCUCAACUGUUUGGUUCUUGCAUGAUUUCCUAAUUUAUCUGUCAUCUGGAGAGGGGAAUAGCAUCACACUACGUGUGUUCCAAGGCGUAGUUUUAAUCUGGUCGAAGAAGUAUCAAUUUGGAUAACUGUUCUUGUACACAGCAUCAGACUUGGUCGAUCGCGAUCGACAGACCCACCGAUGGGACUUGAGAUUUAGAGCUGGGAUCAUCUCUAUGGUUGGGGUUAGGGUUGUAGGUCAAGACAAAGGUUAUGCGGAUAUAUGAUUUAUGAUUGGAGUAUUACUACUCUUUUUAAUGUGAAUUUAUAUAUGAUUUAUGAUUUACCGA